ACCUCUCUUUCUCUCUCUCUCCUACCCGCCGAAAUUCAAACUUACACACAAACACCCACACACACACAGUCUUUUUAUCUUCACAAAUGAAAAUCUAUAUAUAUGUUUAGAUUUACAUAUGUACCUAACCCUAAUCUGGGUUUUUAACAGCUUGUUUGAUCACUUUUCUAACGAUCCGCUUUCUUGUCUCUCUAUUCUGCAGAUUGUAUUUGUAUUCUUGGCAUUCGAAGCUGCCUGCUUUUUUGGAGCUAUCAUUUGGCAUUCAAUUUAGGGGUUUUUCGGUUGGUCGUCAGAUUGGUUUGUUCGUGAAAGACCCAUAUACAAUGGGAAAUAUCCAAUGCAAUUUGAAUUUCAACUUUUCUGUGAGUGCAAUAGUUCUGAAGAGGAACGGCGAGAAAGCACAAGUGGAAGAUGAUAGAUAGGUUUCUUGGGAAGGCAAAAUAGUAAAGCAUAGUUUUGAGGUCCAAGUUGAGCAUUGUUUGGGAUUGAGGUUUUGUGGUUGAUAUUUGAUUGGAUUACUCAUGGAGAAUAAUGAUAUGAUCCUUGGAAAAAGGCGGGAUUUACCACUGGUUCAGAACCAACAUUUGGGCCUAAGGCAUGGCCAUAAUAUGGUAAUUGGACAGAAUCAUACUUUAGGAUUGGGGCAGACCCAUGAGCAUAAUUUGGAUUUAGGGCAGACUGGUGAUCAUAAUCUCGGUUUAGGUCAUGGGCAUGCCCAUGACCGUGAAUUUUUGCUGGCUCAGGCGCAUGCUAUUGAUCAUGAAAUGGCUCUUCAACACGGUCAAGAUCAUGGUAAUGUACAUGAAAAUGGAUAUGAUCACAGUGACGAACAAGAGGAUAAAUAUGAACUUGGUCAUGAGAAUGGAAUAAAUCCAGGUGAAGAUGGUGUCCCUAAUGUUGAUCAAGAUGAUACUGGUGGGGAUAUCCAUGAUUCUCAUUCAACUCUCACUGCUCAGAAUCAGGAAUUAGGUUUACCAGAGAAUCAUGAAUUGGCUCUUGUAGAGACACAUGACAUUGAUGAGAAUUUAGAGCUUGUUGUGGACCAGAAUCAUGAUAUGGGUGCCAUGUCUCCUUCUGAUAUGUCUGUUCAGCAGGCGCAGCUUGUGCUCACUCCUUCUGUUGUUCAGUCGCGAACCCUAAUUCCUACCCCUACACAUGAAUUAAUGGUGGGGCAAGAGUUUCCUGAUGUCAAGAGUUGUCGUAGGGCAUUGAGGGACACUGCAAUUGCUCUUCAUUUCGAGAUACAGACGGUCAAGUCUGAUAAGACUCGUUUUACUGCCAAGUGCGCAAGUGAGGGAUGCCAUUGGCGAAUUCAUGCUGCAAAGCUUCCUGGUGUUCCUACCUUCACAAUUAGGACCAUCCAUGCAGAGCAUUCUUGUGGUGGGAUCACUCAUCUUGGGCAUCAACAGGCUUCAGUUCAGUGGGUUGCAAAUUCUGUGGAACAGCGCCUUAGAGAAAACCCUAAUUGCAAGCCGAAGGAGAUACUGGAAGAGAUUCACCGUGUUCAUGGAAUCGCCUUAUCAUACAAGCAAGCAUGGAGAGGGAAGGAACGGAUCAUGGCUGCCCUCCGUGGGUCAUUUGAAGAUGAUUAUCGCCUUCUUCCACAGUACUGUGACCAAAUCAGACGGACAAAUCCAGGGAGUAUCGCAUCAGUCUAUGUGAAUCCAGUGGAUAACUGUUUCCAACGCCUUUUUAUUUCAUUUCAAGCAUCAAUAUAUGGGUUUCUCAAUGCAUGCCGACCACUCCUUGGACUUGAUAGGACUGUUCUGAAAAGCAAGUACCUUGGGACCUUGCUUUUUGCUACAGGUUUUGAUGGAGAUGGUGCUCUGUUCCCUGUUGCAUUUGGGGUUGUGGACGAGGAAAAUGAUGAAAACUGGAUGUGGUUCCUUUCGGAACUGCAUAACCUUCUUGAAAUUAACACGGAAAACAUGCCAAGGCUCACGAUCUUGUCUGACAGGCAGAAGAGUAUUGUAGAUGGAGUGGAAGCGAACUUCCCAACUGCUUUCCAUGGUUUCUGUAUGCGUCAUCUCAGUGAGAGUUUUCGGAAGGAGUUCAACAAUACUAUGCUUGUUAACCUUCUCUGGGAAGCUGCUAAUGCUCUUACCGUCAUUGAAUUUGAAGCAAAAAUUCUCGAGAUUGAAGAGAUUUCUCAAGAAGCUGCCUAUUGGAUUCGACGAGUCCCGCCUCGAUUGUGGGCAACAGCAUAUUUUGAGGGAACCCGGUUCGGCCACCUGACUGCUAACAUAGUUGAAGCUUUAAAUGGUUGGAUACUUGAAGCUUCUGGGCUUCCAAUAAUUCAGAUGAUGGAGUGUAUCCGUAGGCAACUAAUGACUUGGUUCAAUGAGCGACGUGAAACUAGUAUGCAGUGGACAUCUAUACUUGUGCCCACGGCUGAAAGGCGUGUGUCGGAGGCUCUUGAGCGUGCACGUACUUAUCAGGUGCUUCGAGCAAAUGAAGCUGAAUUUGAAGUUAUAUCACAUGAAGGAACGAAUAUUGUGGAUAUUAGGAACCGCUGUUGUCUGUGUCGAGGAUGGCAGCUAUAUGGUCUGCCCUGUGCUCAUGCUGUGGCAGCUCUCCUUUCUUGCAGGCAGAAUGUUCAUCGCUUUACUGAGAGCUGUUUCACUGUGGCUAUGUAUCGCAAAGCGUACUCUCAAACAAUACACCCAGUUCCUGAUAAGACCCUCUGGAAGGAGAUGUCAGAUGGAUCUCACAAUGAAGCCAAUGGUAGUGAGAUUAUCAUAAACCCACCAAAAUCACUUCGACCACCUGGACGACCGAGAAAGAGGCGAGUUCGUGCAGAAGAUCGUGGUCGUGCAAAGCGGGUUGUGCAUUGCAGCCGCUGCAAUCAAACUGGGCAUUUUAGAACCACCUGUUCAGCACCUAUAUAGGUCAUCCAUUUUUAAUUUUGGUUAUUUCUUAAAUUUGGUUAUAGGUUCUUCUAUUCAUCUGAAGCUUUAGGUGUCAGUGGAGUUCUGGCGUGUUUUUUUACUUGUAUCCAUAUCAUCCUCGGAUGAAGUAUCCUCUGCCUGUCCGUAUCCAUAUCAUCCUCGGAUGAAGUAUCCUCUGCCUGUCCAUAUUGUUACCAUUAAUAAUCAACGGUAGAUCUUUCUUCUUUAAUGAGAGCUUAAUAUAUAUACUGUUGCUUAGUAUUGUAUAUUGGUCUUAUUGCAUUUCGGAGUUUGCUGGUCUUGAUUUCUUACUUAUUUGA